UGUACUUAAGUAAACAUAUUUAGAUGAUGGAUAGUUGUGUGUAGUGAAGUAACGGUCAGACAGAACACCAUCACUCUGCUGCCAACACCGCCAUCACAUUCUUACAUCUAAUAUCAGACUCUAAGAUUGUACAUCAGCCAGUAGCAGGAUCAUCUAUGAAGAACACUUGCUGGGAGUGUGGAGGUGUACAAGAGAGGUUGGAUUAGUGAAUAUUGAUGUACAGUGUUAGGCACUCAAUGGUUAUUCCUUGAUGUCUGUGAUGAUAAGUUCGUUUAGGUACAGUUGAUGCUUGUGAAGGUUUAUAUGACAAAAUGGAUGAAUUUGUUCAGCUGAAGUGGAAUACCCACCACUCAACUUUCUUAGAGAACCUCAGUAGCCUGCGGGAUAGGCAAGUGUUUACUGAUGUCAUUCUAUCAUGUGGAGAUCAAUUUUACCCAGCCCAUCAAUUGGUCUUGUCAUCUUGCAGCACUUUUUUUUCCCAUGCUUUAGAAGUAGUCAAAUGCCCAUCUCCAGUUCUACUUUUACAUGGCAUUGAACAGUCUACUUUAGAGGAGUUGUUGAUGUUUAUGUAUGAUGGACAGGUCACCAUUUCUAGAAGCAGCCUACCAGAUCUCUUGAAAGCUGGUCAGUGGUUGGGUGUGAAGGGUUUAGAAUCUACUUUUGAUAGCACUGACAGCAACAUCUGUGAAAAUGUAACUAAAUCUACUUACCUGAAUGCGCAGGCCAAUUCAUCUCAGUUUUUUCAAACAUGCAAGCAGUUUCUUUCGUUUGUAUCCACAAAUGGAAAAAGCUCCGGGAUUUCAGAUGCUGCGUUAAGUUCGCUGCAGCAGAUAAUGAACAAUAUUAUUCACCUCGGGAAUGAUGUUGAAAGUAUAAAAGUCUCUAAAGCUUCAUCUGUAAAUUAUAACUUAAAUUAUGGAGAAAACUCCACUAAAUUGCAACCUGAUGCCAUUGAGGAAGAGAGAGAGAGUCAAAAUUUGUCUUUAGAGAACAGAUCAUUAACUUCACACAGUGCUUCUCUGCCUACUCUGCCAGUGCAUUUUCUUGAUGUACUAUGUAAUACCAGAGAGGAAAACGAAAGUGAAAAUUCGUUUGAAGGUUGGGGCAGUGCAAAGGACUCUGAGGAAACUGAGAAUUUACCUAUGAUGGAGGAAGAGAGAACUGUGGAACUGAAAGUGCUGCCACAGUAUACAUCAUGUGAAGAGUCGAGCAGUUAUGUAGAGAAGGAAAAUGUUGUCUCUGAUGAUCAAGCUAAAAGCAAAAGAUGUCUUCGCUGUAAACAAUGCAGAAAAACAUUUAGUGUACGGCAGGAUCUGGCAAAACAUUCACGCCUACAUCACAUCCCUCAAAAUAUUUGCAUUACCUGCAAUGAAGCAUUUACCAAUGAAAAGGAUUUUAAAUUGCAUAUGAAAAUGCAUUCUUCAAACUCUUGGCAUGGUUGUAGUAAGUGUGACUUUGUAAGUCAUAAUAAGAAAGGCUUGCUGAAGCAUCAUCUUUCCCAUGAAAAUAAUAGUACACAGGAAGAACUUUUUUCACAAUCAUCUUGCAUAAAACCAGAAAUAAUUACAGAAAAAUCACCACAAAAAGACUAUUCAGGAGAAUUGAUAGUCAGAUGUUCCACUUGUCAUGCAACAUUUGAGAAUUAUGACAUGCUUAAAAAACACAAACUUUUGGGCUGUAGAAAAACAGGAAAACAUGGUAAUAGUUGUCCAAUUUGCAUGUCUAGUUUCACCAGAAAACGCAGUCUAGAUGAUCACAUGAGUAAACAUACUGGGAAUUACCGGUUUUGCUGCCGGUACUGCCCCUACAAGUGUUCAAGAAAUUAUUUACUGGAAGAGCAUAUAAAGAAAAAGCAUGAAAAUACCUUAGAAAAAACAUUGUAGUUAUUAAAAUCAUAAUUUUAAAUUUGGCCAUGGUUUUAACUCUUUCACUGUCUUCACCCUGAAAUUCUCAUUAUGUGUUGCACUUUUAAAAAAAAAAUUAUCUUCUAAAUAGUAGAGAAUAUUAUUAUGUAGUUAAUGACACCAAAAAUGCAAAAUUUGAUGGAAAACUUGUAGAAUUAUGCUUUUGCAAAGUUGGCAGUUUGACUCAAUUUAUGCAUCAGUGAUUUCACUCACUUGAGACCUACAGUAGUCCUCCCAUAUCCAUGGAUGAUACAUUCCAAGACCUACCGUGGAUGCUGAAUCCGUGGAUAGUAGCAAACCCUACAUACAAGUCAUUUUUCGUUUACAUACGUACCUAUGAUAGUUUAAUUGAUAAAUUAAGCACAAUAAGACAUUACCAACAUAACAAUACAUAAAAUACAUUCCUUCACCACCACCACCAGCUGCUGCUGCUGCUGCUGCUGUUACAGUGGCUGACUGCUUGACUGACUUACUGGCAGAAUGACUGACUUUUGGCAUUGCUAGUAUGUCCCCAUUUUCUGCCAAAUCCAAUUUGUAGUAGUGAAUGGAGACGAAUGGUAUUUGGGACCUGACGAGCUGUUGGAGUGUGAGCAGGGUAAUAUUUAGUGAAGGGAUUAAGGGAAACCGGUUAAUUUUAUAUAGCCGGACUUGAGUCCUGGAAAUGGGAAGUAAAAUGCCUGUACUUUAAAAGAGGGGUUUGGGAUAUUGGCAGUUUGGAGGGAUAUGUUGUGUAUCUUUAUACUUAUAUGCUUCUAAACUGUUGUAUUCUGAGCAUCUCUGCAAAAACAGUGAUUAUGUGUGAGUGAGGUGAAAGCGUUGAAUGAUGAUGAAAGUAUUUUCUUUUCGGGGAUUUUCUUUCCUUUUGGGCCACCCUGCCUCGGUGGGAGACGGCUGACUUGUUAAAAAAAAAAAAAAAAAUUAUUCAUUUGUUUGUUGACCAAUCUUACUAAAAUUUUAUAUGACCAUGUUUAUGCACUCUUAUUCAAAUGGUAAAGAAUGAAUGAAAUUGGAUAAAAAAUGAAGCCUCAAAUUGCAACCUCCUGCCUAGUAUGGGCCAACAGGCCUGCUGCAGUGUUCCUCCUUUCUUAUGUUCUUAUGUUUCUCGGAAACUGAAUCCAUGGAUAAGAGGUUCUACUGCAUUUUAGGUCAAUUAAGUUGUUCAAUUCAACCCAAUUCCUGGCUAUUUCAGUAGUGUAUGCCUUCUCUUCUAUUGACUGAGUGCAAGAAACUGCCUGUUCAACAACUGAACUAUCCCCAUAAAGUGCACAAAAGUUGGUAAUUUAGCAUAUUUUACAUAAAAUCAACAAAUUCUAAUUUAAAAACAGUGAAAUAAACACUGUGGGCAUUCCAGCCACUAAAUCAACCUUUUUUAUCGCUUCACUAAUUGCCUCCAUAGUUCUCUCCGUCCAUUUUGGAUCCAUCACACAAAGUAGUUUUACUCUAUUUCUCAGCUAAGAAAGUAUUUCUAAGAAUGUUUAAUCUUGGUAUAGGUCUUCCAAAUAUUUGAAGCAAAUCAAGUAAAAACCCAUAAAACAAACUUGGGGAGGACUAGUGGGGCCUCUACCCUUCCUCUGAAAAAGCACAAAAACUGAAUAUUUUUGCGAUUUUGAGGCCUAUUUCAAACCUGUUCCAAACCCCUUCCAGUACAUAUAUACUUUUCACUGGUAUGUCUCCCAUUCCAUUAAUUGAUACCAAGAAACAGCCAAUAAAACUCACUCUAGAACAUGCCUCAAAGUUGCUUUAUUAAACCAAAUACUACAAGGUAACAGGUUAGCUGUUCCCAUAAGACACUGUGAGGCAGGAUUAUUAUUUUUAUACCAUGUAUACCCACCAAACAUUCAUUCUCUCAUGUCUAGGCCAAAAUGUACUGCUCAUAGCAUAUUUGAGGAUAUUAUGAUUAAGACUUAGACCUACGUAAGACCUAUAUAAGUGCCACUGGCCUCAGUAAUGUAGAUCUACAUGAAAGACAGUGAAAGAGUUAUAACUCCAAAGUGAAAUGAUAGCAUAAAAAUUCAAGGGUUAUUAAUUCUAUACAAAUAGAACACAGAUACUUCGUUGUUACCCAGGACCUCAGAUAAUCAGAUUACUAAUAUACAUUUGGCUGCAGUGAGGAGAGAUUGUAGCGUAACUUUAUCAAUACAUUUAAACAGCUUGGCAAAACAUAUAUAGCAGGAUGUUUUCAGCUAUAUGAAAAAGUAUGCCUAGCUUUAUACAUACCACAUUUUAUAUAUACAGUGGUACCCCAAGUUUUGGCCUUACGUAAUUCGUUCCAGAAGGCUGUUCAAGUGCCGUUACCGAAUUAAUUUUUCCUAUAACGAAUAAUGUAAAUUAGAUUAGUCCAUUUCAGACCCUCAAAAAUGCACUUACAAAAACACUUAAAAUAAUACACUGAGGCAAUUGUUCGAGUUGGGAGCUGUAUGAAACUCAGGGUACCACUGUACUAGUAAUUAUUUUGCAUUUAGUUUAUUGGAUUAACAUUUUUUUAGUCUUAAUAUUUAUGUACAGUAUUAUUCUUAGGCUUUGUGCUUGGUAUUUUACAAUGGUGGAAGGUAUAUUGUUGAAAAAAGACCAAGUAAAUUGUUUUAGUUUUUUACCCUUUUCAAUGUGUAUGCAUUAGAUAAGUUUUUCAAGGGAGAUUUAUGAUGUAUGACAGUGUAAUUAAUGAUUUCCUUGUGCAUUUAAAAUUCUUUUUAUACCAUACAGAAGAUUCCCCAUUACUAGUUGGUUUUCCUUUGAAAGAGAAGAUUGAGGAUCAAGCAUUCAAAAAUCCUUGCGCUGAAUGACCCUUGUGUCUCAAGUGUGUGAUGAAAUGCAAAAUCCCGUUUAAUGUGCCUGAACAUAAACCCUUGACUUACGGUUGAGAUGUAAAAAAAAAAAAAUAAUAAAUAACUGGAAACUGAUUGUACUACAUUGCAAAAUGUGCAACAAUUCACUAGAUGUUUUGUUAUCUAGCGCACUACUUGACAUCCAGAUUGCACUUGUUAAAGACAUGGUUGACCCUCAGGCUUAUCAGGAGUAUAUUAACAGUCUCAGAGUGAUAGGUAAGUUAAAUGAUCUUGAUAAGAAAGUGGUGGAGGCAGGCUCUAUACAUAGCUUUAAGAGCAGGUGUGUUAGGGCCCCAUGAGGCUAAUGGGGGAGUGAAUCUAGCAAGUGGCAAGUUGAGAGGGAAGGCCAGGAUUUGAGAAUUGACACCUGCAACCACAAAUAGCAUGCAUGCAUGCAUGUGUACACAUGCAUGAAUGUGCACUUAUGCAUGCUUCCAAGUGUGCACAUGCACAUUUGGACACAUGAUCUGGCAUGUGUGCACACACAAUUUUGUAAAUUUUGAGUCAGACUUUAGAAAAUUCCCAGAACACUUUUUUUUUCUUUCAAUAAACCGGCCGUAUCCCACUGAGGCAGGGUGACCUAAAAAGAAAAACAAAAGUUUCUUUAAAAAUUUAGCGAUGUUUACAGGAGAAGGGGUUACCAGCCCCUUGCUUCCAACAUUUUAGUCGCCUCUUAUGACACGCAUGGCUUACGGAGGAAAAAUUCUGUUCCAUUUCCCCAUGGAGAGAAGAGGAUAUAAAGAACAAGAACUAUUAAGAAUAUAGAAGAAAACCCAGAUGGGUAUGCAUACAUAUGCAUGCACACGCAUGUGUAGUGUGACCAAAGUGUAAGUAGAAGUAGCAAGAUAUACCUGGUAUUCCACGUGUUUAAGAGACAGAAAAUGACACCAGCAAUCCUACCAUCAUAAAAAACAAUUACAGGUUUCCAUUUCACACUCAAUUGGUAGGAAAGCAGUACCUCUCUGGGUGGUUGCUGUCUACCAACCUACUACCUAGUAAUACCUAUAUACAGUGGUCCCUCGUUUUUUGUAAUUAAUCCGUUCCUGGAGGAGCUACUAUAAACGAAAUUUACGAUUUGCGGAUCAAUUUUCCCCAUAAGAAAUAAUGUAAAUACAAUUAAUCCGUUCCCGACACCUAGAAAUAUUAAAACAAAAAAUUUUUUUACAUGAAAUAUACAUGUAGUACAUAAACAAUACAAUGGGAAAUAAUGAAUGAAACAUUAACAGCAUAACACUUACCUUUAUUGGAGAUUCUUCUUAGUGUAUGGGAGACUGGAGGAGGAGAGAGAUUGGAUUAUUUACAGUUUGGAAGGGGAAUCCCCUUCCAGCAACACCUCAGGUACCAAUUGCUUCUCUGGGGUUGCUUCUCUUCUCUGUUUCUUAAUGCCACUAGGACCACCUUGAGAGUCACUGUAAUCCUGUCUCGCAAAGUAACUGUGGAGAGAGCUCUGUUUCUGGCGUCUCUUUAACACUUCCCUAAAAUGGCCCAAGACUGUUACUGUACAUAUUUCUCACCUUCUUUACCACAGGCUUGGCACUAGGAGCUUUCUUUGGAGCCGUGGUAGCUUAUUUAGUACUUGCAAGCACUAAAAUGAGUGGAAUAUUAUGAAAUAUUUCGUAGGAGCACUUGAGGGGACCUUCACUCGCUGGUAAACAAUGCCAGACUGGCUGGGUAGGGAGGCCGGCCCGGCUCACACCGUGCGUACGCGUCCUGGAUGAACUACUAUUCGCGAGUCAACCUAUGAAAAGCGAGUCCAUGUUUAUACGAAAAUACCCCUAUGAUUGGCGAAAUUUACGAUUGCCGAGAACUACGAAAAGCGAGGGACCACUGUAUAUUGGUUAGCAUAUGGCUGUGAGCCAACAAGCAUUUACAAAAUACCCAUAGCAUAAGAUGUUACAUAAUUAUGAUGUCACCUACAUACGUUCAUAUACAUACAUAUGUAUGUAUAGUGAACCCUCUCGUUAAUGGACUACGAGGGGGCAUACGAUAUUACCGAUUGUCCAAAACUUACAGUUGUCUUCUGAAUGAGUGAGCCUGGUCUGCAAGACUACCAGACACUAGGAAUGCAGGUAGUCAUCUGUAAUAUUACAGUACAGUACUGUGGUGCAUUCACUAGUAAUUUUAUAAUACUGCACUGCACACACAAAUAAUUUUAUAGUACUGUGUGUAAUUUACAGUAAUUUUACUUACCUUUCCAUGGUGAAGAGAUGUGUAAACUACCAUGAUUGAUAGUGGAGCCUCAGACUAACUUUUAUUCUGAGUUAGAAAAUUUGUGAAGCUUCCCUGACUCAGAAUAACUCCUACUGAAUAUUAUACCAGACUAAAAAUGAAAAGUUAGAUGGCAAUUUGUGGUGUGAAUAUAAUGCAGAGAAUUCAUAGUUUGGAAAUUAGGAGGAGUUGUGGGAUUACCAAAGCUAUUAUUGAGAGGGCUGAGGAGGGGUUGUUGAGGUGGUUCAGACAUGUAGAGAAGAGGGAACAAAAUAGAAUGAGUGUAUAAAUCUUGAGUGGAGGGAAAGCAGGGUAGGGGUUGGCCUAGGAAAGGCAGGAGGGAGGGGGUAAAGGAGGUUUUGUGUGCAAGGAGCUUGGACUUCCAACAAGCAUGCAUGAGUAUGUUUGAUAGGAGUGAAUGGAGACAAAUGGAUUUUAGGACAACAUGUUGUUGGAGUGUGAGUUAGGGAACAUUUAUGAAGGGGUUCAGGGAAACUGGCAGGUCGGUCUUGAGUCCUGGAGAUGGGAAGUACAGUGUCUGCAUUCUGAAGGAGGGGUGUUAAUGUUGCAGUUUUAUAACUGUAGUGUAAGCUCACCUCUGGCAAGACAGUGAUGGAGAGACUGAUGAAAGUUUCUCUUUUUCGGGCCACCCUGCCUUGGUGGGAGACUGCCGAUGUAUUAAUAAAAAAAAUAAAAAAACUUUGUUUGUGAAUAUAAUUUGUUUUUAAACACUUGUAUUAAUGUGCCCAGUAGUCUUUAUUCCCCAAUUUUUACCUUCAUGAUUUCUAUAAAAUUUUACAUUUUUCUUUUAUUUAAAUAGAACUUUCUCUGAAAACUUUUAUUGUCUAAAAUUGAGGUAAACUCCAUGUAAACAUAUGUUUUGAUGUAUGUUGUCAAAAGUAAGAAAUAUUUCUGUUUGCUUUUAACUUUACAGCAAAAGGUAUUAGGCAAAACCCAGGAAAGGCUCGGUCAGUGUGGGACAUGAGGGAAAAAGUCCUUAUCUUAGUUAUGAUAAAUGAAAUUAUUUGUUACCCUGUUGUCCUUACACUUGUCAGUGCACAAGCAUAAUCAGAUGUAUCAAUAGAGAAAGCUGUUAAAAAAGUAGUGUAAGCAUUUAUUGAUCAUUACUGCAACUUUUACAAAAUACAGCAGUAUAAUAGUACAGUAUGGAUUUUCUUUUGGUAAAAUAACAUUCAAAUAUAUUUAAAUUGAUACUUAAAUUUUUGUAUUUUUUUGUAGCCACAUAUUAUUCUUGAGCCAUUUUGUUCACCUGAAACAACAAAAAUACAUUGUUGUACCUUAAAA